AUGCAGUUCCAGCCAGUCUACCCUCUUCCAUUCGUUCACGCUCAGCCCCGUCCGCGUUUUUGCGUCUUUCGCCCCGGUGGUCUUUUGGCCCCGCUGAUACCGGUUGACGAGCUUCCUUCUUGGCUUCAAGUUUGCAACUGGUCCCCAGAUAUGUUCAUGGGAUUACAACCUGUUUCAUUGAGCUAUAUCCCACGAGAGGGCGAAUACGACGUGAUAUGCCAUCAUUGCUCGAGCAGUGUUGACUCGCUUCAUCAAAGCAUCUCGGAGCGAAACGAAGAGUCCGAGUCUCCCCCGUCCUCUGCAAGUCAACCAAAGAGUUGCCCUGGUGCUUUCUUCAAUUCAGCCCCAGCUGGUGGCGGCGGAUCUUCUGUUGCAAAGAUUCCCAUGGGCUUUCCCUUCCCAGUGCUUGGUCAACCACCAUUCAGCGCAACGUUGCAAAGUCCUUUACUAGGCGUUUACGGGGCCAACUUUCCGGCUAUGGCAUCUCAGAUGCCUUCACCUUCUUCUGCACCUCCCAAGUCCCCGAACAUUCCGAGAUCCAGCUCCUCCAGCUCUGAGGGCCAUCUUCCCGAACUCAGGGGAUCCUUAGAACAAGCCUCAGCAAAGAUACCAGAUACACCAGCAACAUCUGUGCAUUCCAUCUCGAAUUCGCAUUCGCAGAAGGGGUUUGUUGAGUCCCACUCGGGAGAUAUCGUGACUGAUAUUUCAGGCGAGAUUGGUGAAAUAGAGGGUAAUAUGACGCCUUCAACUGAUGAUUUGGAUAUCAAGAUAGCUACAUCGAUCUCAACAACUUCGUGCUCGGUGGAAGAAACAAGCGAGAACGGUGAAGCAAUGGCGGGGCUGAUGAGGCCUUCAACCGAUGAGGUGGGUAUCAAUAUAGCUGAAUCGAUCGCAAAAACUCUGUGCUCGGUGGACGAAACAAGUGCGGCAUCUGUCAUAUCCCUCACGGCAGCUGCUGAGCGACUCAGAGAAAGAAUGAGGCCAAAGUUUCCUACGGGACAAAAGUCAAGCGACAGUUACAUGCAGCGUGGGGUGAAGCCCAUUGAUCCACCACCUUGGCUUAAAUCCAGGAACAGAUCAAAAUCCCUCACCUCCAGCUGCUCAAAGGGUCGGAAGGUUCCUUCUCCAGCUCACCGACGAGCGAACUUUCGUCGACGUCGUCGGGCAGACAAGACGGGUCCGAAACGGACACUUUCUAAUCACUCUAAAGUGUCGAAGCGCAGUGCAACAAAGCUGGAACAGCCAAACUCAUGUACAAAGCGACGCGAUCGACGCGAACGCUUGGCUCAACGUCUUGUUCAUGGGGGAAAGGACAUGGAUACAAAGAGUCGUUAUUGGCAUAUGAAGAUGAUUUCAAAUUGGCGACCCACGAAUUCCCGGCCUUGA